UGGGAAGGCUCGGUUUGCGCCUCUCCAGCCUGUCAUCUAUUUAUCCCGUCAAAUACGCUCAUGGAGCUGCCAUUCAUCCAGCGACAGUCGCGACCACAAUAAAAACCAUGGCGACCACCCAUGGCCAGUAAUUGUGACCCCAUUUGUUUUGCUUCACCCCUCCGUCAUCUCUUCUUUCUCAUUACUACCAACACCACUCACGUCUUCAUCCUCUUGCUCGUCAUCCUCACCUUUGUUUACUUCACUACCAAAUCCUCUCGCUUUCAGCGCACUUCGAACGCUUCUACGUCAACACCCGUAUCUUCUUUCUACAAUCGCCCUCGUCCUCUUCCGAAUCCGGAUUCCAAAUCCACCAUGGCUGGUGUCUUCUCGACCCAGCGACGCAGGAUGGAGGACGCGACCAUGAGAGACGUGAGCAUGAUCGAUGCUGAUGAUACGCGUGUGGGAGUCGAGGAUCAAUAUUAUGAUCCUAUGGACAUCAGUCCUCUUCAUACCUCCAACGAGCGGUCUCGGAACAUCGCUCAGCCCAUGGACCUCACCUCCAAAUAUCCCGAUUAUUGGGUUCACUGCACUCCUCCCAAAAAUGGCGGUGUGCCUAGGGCCACCAGACUCGAUGGAAAGCCAAUGACACGUGCUCCGCUCAUCAGACCUUUGGCGCGAUUUUCACCGAAGGCGCGAAUUGAUCCGUCCACAGGCCGUUUUAAGCAGCAGUUUAUUGCGCAGCCUCUUCUCCGAGACAACCCCAGUACCUUUGUCUCGACAACCAAAGUCGGCUCUUUGCUUUCGAGCAACAAACCUAAUACCCCCUUCUCUACGAACAAACACCAUUCGAGCAACAUACUCAGCUCUCUGCCCUAUAAACCAAUGACAACUGAAAACAGCGCGCCUACCACACGCGAUUCCUCUUUCAACAGUUUUCUGACUACCAAGUCUAUUUGGGACCGUAAAACACCUAGUUUUACCUCCAAUACUUCGGUCACCACUGCAGCAUCAUUCAACUCUCGUAAGAGAUCUGUGGACGAGGGCUUCAAUGACGAGUGCCACAAUGCCACCCCUGAGACUGAUAGCCCCUCAAACAAGUAUCGUCGCAUCAGCGUAAAGGGCUUUCCAAAUUCUGCUGUUACAAGCCAGGAUGAUACCCAGAGAGCCUUGGCAAAUGAAGCAACAUCAAACCAUUCUGCGCACCCCAUCAUGGGGCAACCAAUCGUGCCGACCGCUACCGCUCCCAUCCUAUCUGACGGCCAUAUGCAGUCUAAACACACCACAACAUCAGUCGCAUUUGUAUCUGAUAGCCAUUUCUCUACUAGCGGAACGGUUGGUGACCAGAUCAAUCGUGCCACCAGCACCGAUACCCAUAUUCCUGGUGGAUGGCCUGAACAAUCGCCCGCCCAAGACAUUUCUUCUGCUACUGCAGCUGUUAAAUUUUCAUUGAGCCCAGACGAAGAGCCCUUCAUGUCGGGCGCACUUGUCGCUCCACCUGCCGCAACCGUCACUGUUAAAUCUUCGAAUGCGGACGAUGCUAAUGUCCGCAGUGGACAGAUCCCGCAUAUGGUACGCUCCUUCUCGGAAGCAUGUCACAACCUUGUGCAGGGAGCGUCGGGAACCGUCAAGAAUGUUUUUACCAAGGCUUGGUACCUGGUUGGACAACCCAUGAUCGACUAUGUACGACGUAAACCCCGCCUUCAGACUGCCCGCCGUCCUCCUUCCAGCCCCAGAGCCUCUCCGUCUCGCGCUGCAGCGCUCCGUCGCCUCCCUCAGGAGCAGAGACGAAAGAUCAAAGACCAUAAAUGGCGUAAUCAGAGAGGUUAUGCCACCGUCCGGAAUCUUCCUUUCCCCGAAUUGUCGCUCGAUAUUCUACAGCGUUCAACCAGUUGGUCCCCAUCUAUGGGGGAACCAGGUUAUUCUGCGGCCAAGUCGCAUGCCAGCCAAUUUACAAAGGAUGCCCCAAAUAGUGCCAAUCGAUUGACAAAAAAUGUUGCGCGUUAUGGAGCUCAGACGGGGAUCACAAAGCCGACAGGCGUCCAGAAGUCUCCGCGGGUUACUUCCAUGAGCCCGAAUCUUAAACGUCGGCUCUGGCCAGGCAGAAACCGGGUGCGUGGCAACCUUGAGCUCGCCUUACAGAAAGGAUGGAAAUCUGGCGACUUCACUGAGCUUGGCGUUUCCACCCGCAUUCCGCUGCCCAACCGUGCUGAACGUGAAGGCCGGGCCGUCCCGAAAGAGGGGCCGAAGCCGAAGAAACAGAAAAAGCAAGUCCACUUCAAGGAACCGCUUGCACAAUUCAUUCCGGAGCCCACUCUUCCUGACCUUGCGCCGCAUCUUCAACCUGUAUCUCCUAACGUCGAUCGAACUGGCCUUGAGAAGGUGUCGGAUGAACAGAAGGAGAAUGUCCCGCCCGUUUCCGCAGUGAAGGAGGAAGUUGGAGUCUCUGAACAUGUUAGGUAUGCAUGGGAGGAGCCGAUUGAGUAUCCACUUGGACGACCCGUCUCGGCCGUGAGCCUCUUUUAUCCUGAAGCGAAACCGCUUCCGCCCGGCCGAACGGCGUCUGUCUAUGCUAAGGAGUGGAAAAAGAUCGAAGAGGAGGAGAAACAAAAACAAAGCCCAGCCCGAGUUCGCCUGGAAGGUCCAGCUGUACGUCCCCUUUCGAAAGAAUGGAUGAGUCGAGUAUCGAGUGCCAUGUCUGCGGCCUCUAACCGGACGAUCGCUACCUCGGUGUCUGGUGAUCCCCUGACGAAGAAAGAUCUGUCUACCUGCUUUACUCCCUUGGCUUGGUUGAAUGAUGAAGUUAUCAACUCGUAUCUUUCUCUGAUCGUCGACUAUCUUCGCCGCACGAAUCAUAACAACGGUCGGAGUGACAAGCCACGGUUCCACGCUUUCAAUACUUUCUUUUUCUCUACUAUGCGCGACAAGGGCUACCAGUCCGUCCGACGUUGGGCCACUCGCGCUAAGAUUGGCGGCGCGUCUCUUCUUCACGUGGAUACCGUGUUUGUCCCAGUGCAUAACAGUGCCCACUGGACGCUCAUCAUCAUCAAACCGAUGGAACGGACCAUCGAGAAUUUUGACUCGCUGGGUGGACCUUCCCCGCGCCAUGUAGCGGUAAUGCAGGAUUGGCUCCGUAACGAACUGGGCCCUCGUUACGUCGAGGAGGAAUGGCGCGUCCUACCGUCUGUCUCUCCUCAGCAAGACAAUGGUAGUGACUGCGGAGUGUUCCUUUUGUCUACCGCCAAGGCGGUGGCCAUCGGUCUCGAGCCACUAUCCUAUUGCGCGCGGGACAUUGUCCUUCUACGCAAGAAGAUAGUGGCCGAGCUGAUGGCCGGGGGGCUGGAGGGGGAUUUUGAUCCAGCCUCCGGCGGGGAGUUGUUGCUUUAGACAACACCCUUAAAGCAUCACCUCCCGGCGGUAGGGGGAGGAGGGGGAGAGAGCGAUGAUGGUGGUAUCUGUUUUUUUCCUUGUUGGCUUCUUUUCUGGAGUUUGGGGGACUCUGAGAGUAUGGUUUGUUUUGGAAUCAGCACCGGCGUUUGGCACAUGUACGAGUGAUACCCGUCAGUUGAAGCAAGGCUCCUGACAUGAGAUUGAAUUGGCGUAAAUCGCUUUUGAUGGUAACAUGCACACAUACAAAGCAUGGAACAUGGAGGAUACAGAUUUGGACAGGGACAUGGACAUGGUUGAAUGUGGUUGUAGACAUCUAUGGAUACACUCUAGACCAAUGUGAAUACUCUACGAAGACCAAA